CUUCCCAACGCAGCAUGUGGAAACAAUUGAUCUUUGUGGUCGGAACCUGCUGUUUAUUGGCAGGAGGUCGCGUCAUACCGGAGGACGAGUUACGAAAACCCAGGGAGCCUUCUAACCGCCAGGGCAGAAUUUUGCCGUUGCCGAUUUUUGACAACUCUCCUGCGGAAUGGCCAAGUCCAUUUCAAGUAGACUUCCCUGUUUUGUCAGUUCCCAACCCAUUGAUCCCUGAAUUACAUGGUCUUUUCCCCAAUUUCCCUCUUCCCUUUUCCAUAUUGCUCCGGCCAAUUCCCGGCAUCUCUGGAGGCUCAGUCUUCAAUAAAGAUACCCUCAUCACUCUCAACCAGGCAGCUAACGGAAAUGCUACUCUCGGUUAUUAUCUCUAUAAUCCCUUCUUUAAUAAUGUUCCAGUUGUAGACAUCUUAUCAGGCAAAAGACGUUGAAUGAACGUUGAAAUAAACAUUGCUAGGUUGAAUCAACGUUGAUUAAAUGUUGUUUCAGCAUUUAGUGCCCGAAGGGAUAUGUAAAAAAUCGCUCGAAAAGUGAUUAUAAUAAUUAUAAAUGAUACAUAACAUAAUGUUGCCGAUGCAACAUUAUGUUAUGUGUUUGAUCAAGUCUAAUGUGCUCAUCGUUUUGUAUGAGACAACUCUUGUGACAACUCCGAAUCGCGAGUUAAAUGCUAUACAUUAUCAAGUGAGCUUAUCAUUUUAUCUCCAAAAUUCGGCAGAAAACAUACAAAGCGCUCUUCAGAAGAUUCUGAUAGUCCUCAUAGUGGGGCAUAAAAUUCAUAACUUGUUAGAAGUUUAAAUUACGACAUUCUGCAUUAUUAAAUUUUACAUGUUUAAUUUUUUCGCCUGGAAAAAAAUGGAGGCAAUAAUUGAAACAACUACAAGUCGUUUUUUAUUGUUUUAAUGUUAAGGGUUUGCAGCUUUUGUCAUCUUGAUUAAAAUAUUAUUCGGCAAAAGUGUUCUGCGUAAAACAAUGGCUAUAGAUUAAA